GUGCGGGCGCAGCUUCGUCGUGGUUUCGGUUGAGCAUUCUUGGCAGGUCUCGCUCGGUGAACAGGCAGUCGGCCGUCGGCUACAACGAGUGUUUUCAAAAUGUCUGGAGACUUAUGUUAAAGGAAUAGGAGCCGAGUGGGAAACACCGGAACAGCGUUAGAGUAAAAUACUGAGCCUCCCCUUCCUGCACUGUGGCAUCAAACUUCACAUGCCUCACCUGCAUACUGCACAGCUGAAGGCUCAAGAUCUGCAUUAGACUGAAAAUAAUCCAAGAAGAAGACGACCGGUACUGACUCAAACUGGUCCACAAUGGAUCAGUGAAAUCUUUCCCCACCCUGCCAAUUAAAAGCAAUGUAUUUGGGCGCUGUAGGCUGUAGCACAGUCAGCAGAGAGUGUGUGGGGUCCCUCCUCUCCCUCUUUCCCAGCACCCCUCGUGACAUGGGAUGCCAGCCCACUGCCUCCCUGCCCUGAGCUCUCCUGGGGCGCCAUGAACAGCUACAGAGACAGAGGGGUCACUUGCACCUCCUCAGACCUCCUGGAUGGAGGAGGAGGGUUUCCCCAGCACACGGCGUUUCGUCACACGCCCAAUGGCCACCCGGCUCCUGGCCCCACAGACCCAUCCAUCCAACCACGCAUCUCUGUGCCCAAAAUGGGCGUGCGGGCGCGGAUUAAAGAAUGGCCCCCACGCCGGGCGCAGUCCAGGGAGUCACUACUGGAAAAUGGGCAAAUUGUCAGCUUUCACCAUGGAGAUGACUGCUCCACUUCAGUUUCCUCAUCGGUUUUGUCAUCUGACAUCGGGCUGGUGCGGGGAGGGGUUGCCAGGUUGCCACGACGACGAUCGAAGGAUGUCGAGUUUAGAGGAGGGGGGUUUGGCGUUGAGAGAUGUUCACCAUUUAGCCUGAGAGUGCACCCACCACUGAGACAGCGCUCAAACAGUGAGGUGACGCUAAGCGAACAGGACGAAAAUGAGGUGAGUCUUCAAUCUCCGGCCGCACUCAACCUGUCAUUGCGACUAGAGCUCCUAAGUUUCCUGAACAAAGAGGAGGUGCCCAGUGACGACUCCGUCCCUCCACUUUUCUUCCUCACUCUCUCAGCUCCGUCUUUCCUUCCUGUCCCUAUUGCUUCCCCACCUGUGGGACCAGGUGAGGGGGCAGAGGGGAGAGGUACGCUUGGUGGCGAGUCUAGAGAGCGCAGCAGCUCCCCGAUGCGUAUGGGAGCUGAGCUGCGCUGGUCAGGCCUCUCCUGGUGGAACUGGCUGAGCAUGUCAAAAAAGCUCUGCUCAGGAAUGCCCUGGAUGUCGAUGGAGGAGGUGCUGCCAUACUCUCUGAACAGAAGCCUCAUCAAAAAGCUGACAUUUUCACCACGGGACAUGGCAUGGAAGCUAAGCAGGCCCGAGUCUCCUAAUGUGUACCCCAUCCCGGUUCAUUCCAGUCAGACGGGGGAUAGGGGAGAAAUAAUAGCUAGACUCCUCCCCGAGGGUCUGGAGAAAUCUACCACACUGCCUGUGACACGUUACCCCUCUACACAAACACUGAUCUCCAUUUCUCCUUCACCAGAGCACUCAAACUACUUUGGGACAGAGGAUAAGCUGGGUGCUGUGGCCGUGAGCAUCCGCAGGGAGAAACUGGAAGACACCAAAGACCUGAAAGACCAGUACCAGUACCGCCUUAUCGUCCGAACAAGCGAGCUUGUGACCCUGCGAGGCUCCAUUUUAGAGGAUGCGGUUGCGUCUACGGGGAGGCAUGGCACGGUGCGGGGUCUGCCGCUCAAGGAAGUCCUGGAGCAAGUCGUCCCCGAACUCAACGUCUCCUGUUUGAGACUGGCGCUCAGCACACCCAAAGUCACAGAGCAGCUGCUUAAACUGGACGAACAGGGGUUGAGUCAGAAGCACAAGGUGGGUGUUCUGCUGUGCCGUGCCGGCCAGAGCACCGAGGAGGAGAUGUACAACAACGAGGAGGCGUCACCCGCCUUCUCUGCCUUCCUGGAGCUGCUUGGGGAGCAGGUGCUUCUCAAAGGAUUCACCAAAUACGCUGCGCAGCUCGACACAAAGACGGACUCCACGGGCACCCACUCCCUGUACACCACCUACCAGGGCUACGAGGUCAUGUUCCACGUGUCUACCAUGCUGCCAUACAUGCCCAACAACCCACAGCAGCUCCUGAGAAAGAGGCACAUAGGGAACGACAUUGUCACUAUAAUCUUUCAGGAGCCAGGGGCUUUGCCUUUCACCCCGCAGAAUAUUCGCUCACACUUCCAGCACGUCUUUGUUAUUGUCCGUGUGCACAACCCCUGCUCUGAAGGCACCUGUUACAGUGUUGCUGUGACCAGAAUGAAAGAUGUUCCUCCCUUCGGCCCACCCAUCCCCAGCGGCGUCACCUUCCGUGACCCAGAAACCUUUCGUAACUUCCUUCUAGCCAAAGUUAUCAAUGCAGAAACUGCUGCGCACAAGUCAGAGAAGUUCCACACUAUGGCGACACGAACCCGGCAGGAGUACUUGCGUGACCUGGCGGAGAACUACGUCAGCAGCACUCCGCUGGACUCAGCUGGCAAGCUUAACAACCUCAUCUCCCUCGCAUCUAAAAAACGGGAGCGCUCCAAGGCGAGAGAGGGAGCGGAGUUGGGAGCUGCGGGGGCCAUCGCCUGGAGGGUCCAGGCCCAGGACUUCAGCGGAGGUGGGACGGAGCUCCCCUGUGCCUUGGGUUUGUCGGCUGAAUACGUCCUGCUGACGGACUGCUCCACCAAAGAGGUUGUGUUCAACUGUUUCUGUGCGGACGUGAUCGGCUGGACACCGGAGCGGCUGGCGCUGAAGAUCUUCUACGGCAGAGGGGACCACAUCGCUGUGCGGGUACCAGAGGGCUGUGCACCAGACAUUAGAGAGAUGGUGCAGAGGUUAAAGUCGUUGACAGUGGGGUGUGAGACCGUGGAUAUGACUCUGAGAAGAAACGGACUGGGACAACUGGGCUUCCAUGUUCGCCUGGACGGCACCGUGGCUGAGGUGGAGGAAUAUGGUUUUGCCUGGCAGGCGGGACUGAGACAGGGCAGUCGGUUGGUGGAGAUCUGCAAGGUUGCCGCAGUGACGCUGACUCACGAGCAGAUGAUCGACCUCCUGAGGACGUCGGUCACGGUCAAAGUUGUCAUCAUUCCUCCAUACGAAGAAGGGGGGCCUCGCAGGGGCUGCACAGAGGAGUAUGAGAUGAAGACCAUGGAGCAGAAGCCAGAACCUGAGCCUCUGGCAGCAGGCUAUCGACCCUCCCCCCGCCAGACGUGGAGAUGGGACAGCCCACCCAUUCCUCCAGGGCUCAGUGCCUCCAACCCGCAGCGCUGGGCUCCCAUGGGCCCCCCACCUCCUCCCCUGCCCCGCUCACACAAGACCCUGAUGCCUGUUCCCUACAGGGAGCCUCAGCACCCCAGCUCUCAGAGGCCAGUGAGCUACCCAGAGAACCACUACAGUCUGUCUCCUGCAGUAGGCGACAGAAUGCUACCCUACAGAAACCCCUCAGCCAGCUUCUCCUCUCCGUCCUCAGGCCUGGUCGGCCUCUCCACCAUGGGGCCACCUGGGAUCACACCAGGCCCCUUCGUACGCUACAAACCCUCCCCCGACAGAUAUGGAGCAGGACAGCGCCCCCUGCUGCCUUAUGAGCCCCACCUCAGUGUGGACAUCAACUCAAGCGGAGAGUCUUCCUCUGGCUUCACCAGUCAGGACAGCACCAUGGAGCGCUGCAAAACAGAACCCCUCUGGCAUGUACCAUCGACGCCGUCUAGGGGACCAGGUGGUGGAGGAGGGCAGAGGAGACUAACCAGACAGGAUGUCCCUGGGAAAGACUCUCCAAACAGACACUCGAAGGGCGAGACUCAGUACUCCAGCCACUCCAGCAGUAACACUUUGUCCAGUAACGCCUCAAGCAGCCACAGUGACGAACGCUGGUUCGACGGAGGAGCUGGAGGAGAGCGAGGAGGCGGGGGUUGCCCCGGCGACCCAGCCGACCCUGACCUCGACCUUCACAACAAGGGCGGGUCUAACGACAGCGGCAUCGACGCCUCGAACCACUACAACAACAAUCGCCCUGGAAACAUGUCCAACAGCCAUUCCCAUAAGCCAAUGCACUGCUUUGCGGCGUACAGCGGCAUCCCGGAGCUGCCCCUGGAAAGGAGCAGCGGAGAAGCGAGGAGACGAGAGUCUUCGCCCAUCAUACCAGCUGCAGCCAAUCAGAACAAAGGGUACCGGACCAGGACUUUCCCUCCUCCAGGCUCCAGCACUGAUAAAAUAGAUGCUUUCAAACCCAGGGCAUACACACCGCAAGGUUACAGGACCCCAACAGCUGAGAAAGCCCGUCCCAUCCGAGCCGCUACGACAACACCCACUUCAGCUCAGUUAAGCACUAUCCCUUUGUCCAGUUCCGCCCCGAAGGCCUUUUACGGGAAGAGCAGACAACCGGCCUGGCAGAACGGGGACACCAGCCCGUCACCUUUAAACUUGACUACGACAUCCAGCUCUGACAGCAGCAACAGCAAAAAGCAGGUGGAUACAAACGCAAAAAACGUGUUUGGACAACCUCGGCUCCGAGCCUCGCUGAGGGACCUGCGUUCUCCCCGCCGGACGUACAAAAGCACCAUUGAAGACGACCUAAAGAAACUGAUCAUCAUGGACAACCCGGGGGAGGCGCCGCAGAGAGAUCCGUCUCCCAGACGAACCCUGCAGCGCACCUUUUCAGAUGAGUCGCUGUGCAGCGGGCGCAGAGAGGCCAGCUUCGCCAACUCAGAGAAGCCGGCAGCGCCCACUGACGUACUGUUCACGUGCACACUGCCCACACGCAGACACGCCGUCUCCUCCAACCACAUGCAGAGCAAGAAGGUGCCUCUGUCUGCCUCGGAGAUGUCUCUCACAGAAGUUAGAGACAAAGUCCCCCCCCUGAAGAGGCUCGAUCCCGGGCUAAUGCCUCUCCCGGACACAGCCUGUGGACUCGAGUGGUCCAGCCUCGUCAAUGCUGCUAAAGCCUACGAAGCUCAAAGAGCAGUUUCCCUCUUCUCACUGACCGAGCCGCAGGUUGGAGGUCCAGACAUGAGACCAGCGGUCAGUCCAGUCCAGUUUCAGACUCCUCAGACACCACGGACCACACCGACCUUAAGCGGUGACGAGGUGCCCAAUGAUUUGUCUGGUCGGCUCCACCACCUGGAGGUGAUGUUAAAACAGCUGAACACUGAUCUGGAGAAAGAGAAGCUGGAUAAAGUUGUUCUGCUGGCAGAGAUGGCCAACCUGAGAGAAAACAACCAGCGGCUGCAGGAGGAGAGCCACACAGCCAGCGAGAAGCUGCGCAAGUUCGGGCUUUUUAAUAACAGUGACAAGACAGAGAGUGACCUCGAGGCUCACUCCUUAACACGUGAAACUGACUUAAAGAGGGAGUGAUACCUGCAGGAGAAGCUGAAGAGAUUCAGGCCACAGAGGGAGGAUUACUGUGAGAGUACCCAUGACUCCUUGCACACACGAGCGGCGGCAGAGGUCACAAUGACGUUACCUCAUUUAGCUUCCACUGGACUGCCUUAAACCGUAGAGACCGCAAGAAAACAGACACGUAAUUUUUGAGAUGCAACACUCCCCAGAAAGUCUCACCAAGCCUGCACACAGACAGAGCAGAGACCUUCCCUCUCUAGUCUUUGAGCCUGUUUAUUUUUUUAAACUGAAGUCUUAUACUUGUCAUAAAUAUAUAUAAAUACAUAUGCUAUGCCAGACAAGCGAGUCGGAGAGGAAACACUACAUCACCUGGAGAGGCCUAAUACUGUUCCUGAAGCGAAAUCAGCCAAAAAAAGGAGAAAAAAAAGACUCAUUACAGACGGCAUCUCCCAGAAUGCACUAGCAGUAAUGAAAGCGCUACAGACAUGGUACUGUAGAUAGAUGCCUGUGUGGUACAAUUCUCAUGUAUCAACAUUACCUAUAUUGUUCUGAUAUUGUUGUACUAAAGAGGUGUGUGUGUGUGUGUGUGUGUGUGUGUGUGUGUGUGUGUGUGUGUGUGUGAGUGAGAUGGUACUGCGAAUACUUGGAAGCAUUGUGGCACAACAGUGCCCCACACAUGCAUCUCUGCUAAAGGCAAGAUGCCUUUUAUUACCCUUUGGUGUGUGUGUGAGAGAGAGAGAGAGACAGAGAGAGGUUGAUUGGAAUGGUCGGCUAUUGGACGUUUUGAUUGAUGAACAAACGUUUUUACUUUAAAAAGAAAACUUGUGGGCCACACUAUUCUUCUUUCCUCCGUUUACAUGGAUGAACCUGUGGCCCUUUAGAUGUGAAACAAGCCAUCAGCAUGUUGAGUGAGUGUAAAUGGACGAUGUCAUGAAGCUCAGUGAUAUAACUAGUGAAAUAUCUCUAAUGUAGUGCAUUGUUUUUUUUACUGUUUUCAACAGUGCCGCAUCAUCUCAGAUCUAAACGUACUGGACAAUUAUUUUAACCUUGUCGUUAUCACAGUAUGUCUUAAAA